AUGGAUAAACCUGUUUUGUUUCCAAUAACAGAAACUGAAAAACAAGAAUUCUCUGUUGCUCCGAUUUCAACGGUUGAUAGGGAGAAAUGCAUUCAAGUUUUUAUCCCAGUGAAUUCUCUGGUUAGCGUAAAGCGUCUUAAGGAGAAAUAUGAGCAAUUUACGAAAGUGGAAGUAGUUCCACAGGAUCCCAAAUCAGGCAUUAAAUACAUUGUGUAUGUGCAGGUGCAUCAAUCUGCUUUGGUUGCUUGUGCGGCUCAGGAAGAAAAGGUGGUGCCUAAAAUGGAACCGAUUCCUCCUCAUUCCAUAGUCGGAGUGAUAAUCCCAAGGAUUAUAUCGACUCGCGUUGCUGGGCCCGAACCUCCACCCCAGCAGCCUUCAGCUCCACCAAUAAGGCGAAGUAUUCCACUAACCCAGGGAGGUAAAACAGGGCAGAUAUCUGCUACAGUACAGCCUGGUGAACGAACCAUUUGGCAGGAUCCAGCUGUGAUCGGUGUGUCAGACCCUACGCUAGCUCAAUAUCAUCAGGCUCUCCAACAGCAACAAUAUGCACAAGUUCAAUAUCAACAGGCUCUCCAACAGCAACAAUAUGCACAACCCACUCAUGCUACUCAUCAACCGAAUAAAGUAACAGGAGCAGCGCCAUGUCCGGCGAGAGAACAAGCACCUCCCCCAGAGCCGUUAAUGGUAAAAACUCAGUUAGUCCCGCAGACUCCUUCACCACCGAGAAGCACAAUUUCCUCUUCUUCUUUUCAAAUUGACCACGAUCGAUGCUGUAUAUUUACAAUACAGAACGAGGAUCUUGAGGGCCUUCAUUACAGGCUUUUUUUCGACUACUUUAAGGAUUAUGGUUUUGUGGAGUGUGUGGUUUGUUUAGAGAAAGGAGCCGAUGGAUUUGUUCAAUUUUAUCAUCCGCAACAAGCCAGAAAGGCUCUCAAGCACCCCCAGCACAAAUUCGGUGAAACCUCUCUGAACCUCUAUCCUUCAGACCCGAAGUUCUUUAAAGACUCUUCUGGCGAGCUUCUCGGUGGCAAUCCCUUUGACCAAAGUAAUAAUCACCAAAAGGCAGGCAAGAGGCAAUUGUGGUUUGAAGAGGAAGAAGUGGAGGAAAGAGGGCCAUCUGUGGAUGAUCUGUUGAGGGUCAUCUUCGUAAGUCAGAUUCAAGCUUCAACAAAGGGAUUGGAAGGAAAGUUUCACAAUACUGUUGGUCUCAAGAAACCAGGUCAGCCUCCUGUAAACCAGUCUUUUCAUAGGUUCACUCCUAAGAAUAUUGCUGGUCUCAAGGAACCAGGUGACCAGGUCUGCCUCCUGUACGAGGUUGGUCUCCCAGAUUUUGUUGAAAAGCGUCAUUAUGGUUUCCUUGGUUUUGAUCCCAUUCUCAUUAGAAAUUCCGCAUGA